AUGAAGCCUGAGAGGCUUGAGUGGCGUGACAACUUGAGAGUUGAGAAUAUGAGAGGAGAUGACCCUCUUCUCAUUGCAAAGAUAAAGUAUUACUGGAGCCCCUUGAAGGUUGCUUUCUUUGUUUGGACUGCAGCUUGGGAGGUUAUCCUGGCAAUUGAUAAUAUGAAGUGA